AUGGCUAACCUGCCCAGACAUUUCCAGUGGUUUUGUGGUUGGAGUGUCACCGACCGUGCAUUCAGACGCAGCACCGUUCCCAGUCAGUGCAGUUUGAAGCGGAGCUGUCGGAAACAACAACAUCUGUUCCCCUCGCCGUUCCUCGGAGCGGCGGCCGACAGCGGCACGGUGAAAUAUGGAGUCGUGACAUUUGAGGAGACAGUUGUUAGAGUUCUGUAUUUCACUGUAGUCGCUCCGGUCCACGAGGAGGAGGUCUGA